CUGCCGGGGUAACAGCGCGGUGGCCGCCAUCUUGCGUACGGCGGUGCAGCUUGCCCAGAUGCUGAGGGCUUGGGGUUUAGUUCCUCUCUGCUUUGGGGCGGUGUUUGCGUGUUGCUUUUACCUUUUCAGAUGUUCGUGUCUUUCUAGACGAGGAUUUUAUUGGGAGUUAAAAGUCAAUGCAGAGCUGUAGUGUAAGAUGCCUUAUGGUGAAAUUGAAGCAAAAUCCUUGGAUCAUGGUGAAGAACUAACAAGUGAACCAUGCUAUAAAAAAUUGAAGUCAACUGAAGAGGCUUAUGUUUUUUCCCACCAUAGUAGUGCUGAUUUUCACAGAAUCCAAGAGAAAACUGGGAAUGAUUGGGUUCCUGUGACCGUUGUUGAUGUCAGAGGACAUAGUUAUCCUCAGGAGGACAAAAUCAAAGCUACAGACUCCCCGAAACCUGUGCGUGAUGAGGUGCCUGGUAAUAAUAGACCAGAUGUUAUCGAAUCCAUUGAUGCACAGAUUUUACAGGAUACAGGUCCUCCAUUGGUAUCCACAGAUGAUGAGAUAUAUAGCACAAGUAAAGCAUUUAUAGGACCCAUUUACAAACCACCUGAGAAGAGGAAAUGUAAUGAAGGGAGGAAUCAGUCAGGCACUAUCAAUGUUAUAGCUGACAAAGGACAAGAAACGAAACAGAAAUUUAACUCCAAAGAAUCAGAGCUUGACAAUGAAUUAUUCCAGUUUUACAAAGAAAUUGAAGAGCUUGAAAAUGAAAAAGAUGAUUUGGAAGGAAGUUGUAAAGAACCUGAACCCUCUGAGGAACAAGUUACUGCCUGUCAUCAGGGCCAUAAUAAUGGUCUGUUAAAAUCUGAAGAAGGAAAGAAAAGAGAUCUUAGUAAUGUUCUUCAGUCACAUUGUGGUUAUCCACAGCACGUGGGAAACGAGCCAGGCAAAUAUCCUUGUAAUGGACAAGUAAUACCUGCAUUUUGUGAUGAUUCGUUUACUUCCUUCAGGCCUGAAUGGCAGUCAGUACAUUCUUUUAUAGUACCCCCUGGUCCUCCUCUUCCCAAUUUUAACUAUCAUUUAAAUAUUCAAAGAUUCGAUGCUCCACCAAAUCCACCAUCAAAUAUUUUCCAUGCCCAAGAUGGUUCUCAGUUUCAAAAUGGGUAUUAUGUAAAUGGUUGUCACGUUAACUGGAACUGUUUGACUUUUGAUCAGAACAAUGACUAUAUUGAUUGUAGUGAGAACACCAGUAGAGAUCAUUCCUCUACAAAUGGCUACAAUGUGCAAGAUGGAUAUGUGAAUAAUGGUUUCUAUGAAACCAGUGAAGGAUGUUGGAAAGAUACUUCUAUGGACAACCAUCAUGGAACACACAGGCUUAUGAACCAGCAGUUUCAAGAGGAAAAGUUAAAUAAAUUGCAGAAACUACUUAUUCUUUUAAGAGGGUUGCCUGGUUCUGGGAAAACAACGUUGUCUCGAAUUCUGCUUGGUCAGAGUCGUGAUGGCAUUGUGUUCAGCACUGAUGACUAUUUUCACCAUCAAGAUGGGUACAGGUAUAAUGUUAAUCAACUUGGUGAUGCCCAUGACUGGAACCAGAACAGAGCAAAACAAGCUAUCAAUCAAGGGAGAUCUCCAGUUAUAAUAGACAACACUAAUACACAAGCUUGGGAAAUGAAACCAUAUGUGGAAAUGGAGGAAUAAACAUGGUGUAUCUCGAAAGAAGAUUGCUCAGAUGUUGGAUCGUUACGAAUACGAAAUGUCCAUCUCUAUUGUAAUGAAUUCAGUGGAACCGCCACACAAAAGCACACAAAGACCUCCUCCUUCACAGGGGAGACAGAGGUGGGGAGGAUCUCUAGGCUCACCUAAUCAAGUCUGUGUUACAAAUAAUCAUUAAGUUGGCUAUUUUCAGCUAACACAUUUGUUGCUUGCCCUUGAAAAAAAUUAGUGAGCCUAUCUUGAAGUUUAAAUAGUUUCAAAUAAAAAAAGACUACAUUGUCCCACAAGGGAUGUUCCCAGCAAGUUGUUUAAAUCCUAAGGUGUAAAUAAAAAUUAUAUAAAAUGGUUUUUUAAAUGUUUUUAUAGUUUUUUUGUUGUAAUUCCCUUGGUUAUUAUGAAAAUAUCUGAGUAGUGUGGGUAGGACCUAGAAUGGUUUUUCUACAACUGAAUUUUAAACUAAUUUUACCUAUUUUGUAGAUAAUGUUGAACAGUUUUAUAGCUCAUAUCUAAAUCUAACUUUGUAUAAAAUGCUAGUAAUUUUCCUUAACUACCUUUCCUACAUUUAAAUAUGUAAGAAAUACUAACUUUUUAUAGGCACCUCAGUUGAUUCCCCUAUUCAGUACACAGGUAAAAUUAUGUUUCUGCAGAUUCGUCUGUGUGACAAAAAUAUUUAUAAGCUAAUUAGAGCAUAUUGCUUAAAUUCUCCAUUAAAUACUAUAUAGCAGUAGGUAUGUCAACCACCUGCGUGGUUUUCUCCACAAUACACAUAUUCAUAAUAUAUCAUAUACAUAUUCAUCACUCUUCUCAAACCAUUGCCCUGCCCCUUCACACUCCCCAAUUCUGGAGUGGAUAAAUAGGGAGAUCACUGUAUAUUUAGAAAAAGCUCUUCAGGUUAUUCUGAUAAUAAAUCACUUUUCUCUAUUUAAUUUAACACAGUAUAAUUCUAAUAUUAAAAUUUUUUGGGCAGGUCCUUAGCAUUAAUUGUAAGAAGAUUUGUCCUGUAGGAUAUUUUAUUUCUUCUGGUUUUAAUUUUUCUGUAGGCCAACUAUAUGUCUCACUGGAGAGUUUUCUUUGUUAGAUUGUGUUCUGUCACUUAAAAUUUAAAACCUGAGAUGGAAUUCAUUUCAGAGAUUUUGUAAUUCAUCCUAAUCUUUGCUUUGCUCUUUUUUUAGGAAGAAACCCCAGCUAAUUACAUGCUUUUUAAAAAAUAAUGUUUUGAUCCUUCAAAUGUUUUACAUAAUAUUUCAUGGUCCAUUAACUGACUCCUAAACCAGCCCAUCCUGAACCUAAUAAUCUGCCUUUAUAUGUUGUUUAAAACCAUUUGCUGUUCUUUUCAACUUUACUUUAAAUGUUAUCCCACAUCUAUAUAUUACUUUUUAAGUAAUACUAAGUGCAAGGCACAAAACUAAAUAUAGCACUCUCAACAAGGUCUGUUUUACAUUGCCUUUUGUGAGAUAAGAAUAUGAUUUCUAUUUAUUUGUACUAUUCAGUGCUGUUUACAUUUGAAUAUUAUCUUGCUCUAUUUUGUUUAACACGUGUGUUUGUAUGUAUUUGUUCAUCUUAACUAAAUGUGAUAUAGUAGGAAUAUGCUAACCCAUGUUUUGUGUGUAAAUGUAUAUAUAUUUAUAUAUAUACACAUUUUCUUCAUCCAGUAUUUUCACGUAUUUUUUUUUAUUUAAGGGUAACACUUCUUAGUAUUUGGGCUUGCGUUUCCCAUUAUUUUAUUUAUCAUGUAAGUAGCACAUUUUGAGAAUAGUACAGAAGAAUUUAAUUUGGGGACAGAUGAAAAAUCUGUUAGAUAUAUAUACUAUGUGUUCCUUUCCUUUUGUCUUUAUAAAACUGUUGAGAGGAAUAGUGCUGUGAAUCUAUAGAUUUUGAUUAAUAGAUGCUUAAUAUCUGUUAAGCACAUUUUCAAGGAAUUAGAGAAUUGCCUUUGAAAGAUUAAUGUUAUAAGGAAGUAUGUUCAUGUUAGUAGCCUGAAAUAAAUUUCCAGAUUUUAUAAUGGAUCAAUUUCAUCUUUUAGUACUUCUGAGUACUUAAAUAAUCAUGUAGAGAUCAUUAAUCAUUGCUGAUUUUUUAAAUUAUAGAUCCAUAUUGAGGCAGGAGAAUUAAAUUCUGAAAGACUUUGAAGUUUUUUUUUUUUUUAAAGACAAAAUUAAUUUAAUAGUUCCACUAAGCAUAUUAAAUCAGUAGUUCCCCUCUUAGCAUUCUGGCUAAUUUUUUUAUUAUUUGAACAAUAACAGAACGAGCUAUGAAUAUGCAAUAAAAGAUACCAUAGUCACUAUUAGAAGUCAUUGCUUUGAUGUUAAAAAUCUAUAAAAAUAUGAAAUUUACUGAUUAAAUAUUUUCAUCAAAAUUUCUCUUCUAUUCAGAUAUUCUUUUUUUUUUUAAUUCAGUUAUAUUCUUAAUGGAAUAGCCCCCCAGUUGCUAUGCUAUGAGUAGUAAGUCUCUAUCCCAAAGAAUAAAGGAGGCAUUGGUCCUCAUAUUUAAAUAAGGUAAAAUACAUUUAGUUACACAGAAUGCAGCUUUGUUUUUUCAUAGGCUUGGUGUAAAAAUGCUUUUCCUUUUAAUAAGCAGAUUUAUAAUUUUCUAUGUGUCAUAAUCCUGCUAACAAAAAUACUUAUGUGGUAAUUCAGUGGAAAUUCUGGUACUGCUUUUUAGGUAGGAAUAAUCUUUAUUUUCAGUGUUCACUUUUUCCAAAGAAAUGUUAACUUUUUCAUAUUUUAUGUCUGUUUUAAAGUAAGAUUGUUUACAAAAGAUUGGGUUGUGUUCUGUUGGAGCAAUAGGGUGGAUUUAAGUAUUUGAAGUUUGCUGAUUUCUUGUCUAAUAUAGAUUGUGGAAUUUUCUAGUUUUAUAUAUAGGUAAGUUUUGAAAGAAUUCAUGAUUUCAAAGGACAUGAGAUACUUGUUUUGACCAAAUUCUAGUUUUUGUUAUUGCAGAAAUAUCUGAUUUUCUGAGUCUAGUUUUUUUAAGUAUUUAUAAAGAAAAUUGCUGGUGUUCUCUUCAGAAAAUGUUGAAGAAAUGUUGUUAAUACAUUAGUGCCUUGA